GGAAAUCAAGGCAGAAAACCUGCGGACGCGUCUUUCAUGUUGUUUCUUCGCUAUCAUUUGUGUGCUGCAUGGGCCCUUGAGGGAAAAGAAUUAAAGUAGACGAUCACGCCAGCAGUCACAUGCAGAAGCGACCCCGUCAGAAGGAUGCCCUUCAUAAGUGUCGUUAUUUAUACCAAAUAUAUUUUGCGGUUUAUAGCGAGACAAGUGAGAAGACCACGUUUCCACAGCAACGAGAAAUCAACCGAUUCAGCGCAUCCGGAUCUUUUCCUCUCUGUCUAAAAUGAAUUCAAAAAAUCUCAAAGAUCUUAACGACGUUCAACCGGCGAAAUCUGGUGAGAAAAAAGGAUACCAUGGAGUAAAAGGCCAGAUAUCCCAAAUCCCUGGAUUGUCCCCAGUUCUCAGCAACGUCAUAGACGUGGUGAAGGUCGGGAAAAGAGUUGGAAUUCUUGACACUGAUUCUGACUACGUCAAGCUUGCAAAACAAGGAGGCCACAAGGGGCUUCUGUACUUUGAUGACACAAAAGCAUCCAAGCCCAACUCAUUUGAAGUUGCAGAUGCACUGUUGGAUGGUCCAAUAGAAGCUCUUGGUAACCAAAGGGUUAUUUGCACAAAAGAGAAAAAAAGCCCAGGAGCUUCCUCACAAAGGGUACUACCUCCUUUUUGGACAGACAAUAUGUCGACAUGGGAGAGGGAUGAUGGAAGUCCUCGCAAGGAGAAGAAAAAGAAGACUCCUACCAAAAAGUUGGUGCAAUGGCGGCCACCCAGUCCAAAUGAUGUAGGAAACAAAUUCAAGAGGACUGUAUCUAACAAGACAUCUUCUCCAGUCAACAUGUCAAAGCUGUUGAGUUUUGGUUACAUAGAUGGGGACAAUCCAUCUACAAAUGAGACUGAGUCAAGUUAGUCAAGUUCGACAUAAUCAUCUGGCUCAUUCACAUUUUAUUCAUUCUAAUGUAAAAGCAUUUAUUUAUUGUGUUGCUGCUUUUUCAUAUGCAUCUGAUACAGAGAUAAUAAAAAGAACAAACUGAAGCAACGUGUA